AUGGGCAUUGAAGGCUACUUCAAGGUGGGCAAGAGCAAGGCCUCUGCGCCGCCGCCGUCGCCGCCUCCCGCUGCCCCUUCACGACUGAAGAGACCAGAGCGAUGCCAAACCACGGCAAUCAGCGAGAAACCCUUCAAUGCCAACGACAUGGAGCUCCAAGCUCCCACGCCGCGCUACAGCUCCCGUCCCGGCUCGACUCGCUCUAACCACUCUACGCCCUCAAACCAGAGCCCCUACAUGCUCGACGAAAUCAAGCACGAGGUCAUGGUCAUUACCUCUACCAGCAGCAGUGCUGCCAGCUCUGGGUCAGCGACGGCUCUGGCAGAAUCGAGGGUGUUUUCUGCGUAA